UUCCGCCCUCCUUCAGUCUCCACACGCGCAAAAUCACAGUCCUUUCUUCUCCGUGGCGAUGGCUGGAGAACUUGUGAACCCUAAAGCCUACCCUCUGGCUGAUUCCCAACUCACCAAAACCAUUCUGGAUCUGGUCCAGCAAGCCUUCAACUUUAGGCAGCUCAAAAAGGGUGCCAAUGAAGCCACAAAGACGUUGAACAGGGGAAUUUCCGAGCUUGUUGUGAUGGCUGCUGAUGCCGAGCCUCUCGAAAUUCUUCUCCACCUCCCGCUUUUAGCAGAAGAUAAGAAUGUCCCCUAUGUGUUUGUUCCAUCCAAAAUAGCUCUCGGCCGAGCAUGUGGCGUUACUCGACCUGUGAUUUCGUGCUCGGUGACAAGCAACAAGGGAAGCCAGUUGAAAUCUAAAAUACAAAAACUCAGAGAUGCCAUAGAGAAGCUCCUCAUAUAAGAAAUGGUGUGAAGUAAUCGUAUAUUCAGCAUGAUGGGCCUCAUGAUCUCUGCACUAUAUUAUUGGGCCGUGAUGAGGAGGCUUUGACUGGCCAUGUUUAUUUUGUGCUUAGUUAGUUGUUUUAUGAAUUUCCUGUUAAAGUAGUGUUAU